GCGCUUGGCAAGAUGGGAAUGGUCUUCGUCUGUUCGAUGCUGAUCGUCCUCAUCCCCCUCUGCGUCCUGGACUUGUCACCGCUGGAGUUCCUCCACCAUCGGGUGCGGCAGCCGAAGGCAUCGUCCGACAAGUACAAGGAGCAGCUCAACAACCUCACCGCCCGCCCUGCUCCAAUCGUGCCGCUGGAGCAGCGGGUGGCCCAAUGUCAGCGUGAGCGACUCCGUCUGGCCAAAAAACUUCAAUAUGAGCUUGACAAACUCGAUCGUUGGGAGAAGGAGAUGGAGAAGCAACGUUCACACAUCUCUUCCAUCUCAGAGCAGCUCACCCGUCAGGAGGAGUCCUACAGCGAGCUUGUGGGCAGGCUGGCGUCCGAGGUCCGUAAGGAGGCGCCGCCUCCAGAGGCGCCCAAGAUCAACAUCGAGGACUUGGUCGCUGGCAAGUUUGACUCUUUCCAGAUCGACCUUGGCUCCUGCCUUUCCUUCGACGCUGAAGAUGAAUUCGAGCUGUCCAAGGAGGAUCUGGAGGAGCUCGACCGUCGUCAGAAGAAGUUGGCUGAAGGUCUAUCAACCUUGUCCAAGGAGCUCUUCGCCCAG